ACAUGCGCACGUUGCUCUGGGGGAAGGCAGAUUUCCUCAAAAUGAUACACACAACGAGUGUCCCCGAGGAGGGAAAGCUACAAAAAAAUCCUCCCACUAACGUGUGAAGGUUCUUUGUAGCAGAGUAAUAGUAGGUGGGAAUUAAUGUUUGAGUUAAAAUCCAGUUCUGUGUUAAAAACCUCACUGAAACUCUGUAUUGCAACACAAUCAGCAAAAGGGAAAGAAACGAGCUGCUUAAGAGUUUUUUUCCAUAUGGAUGGACAUCACCUGAGUCUUCCUACAGAAUUUUAGAUCACUUGCAUUGAUCUGUAAUUGCAACAUGAGUGGCUCCAAACCUGAUAUUCUCUGGGCUCCACACCAUGUUGAUAGAUUUGUUGUAUGUGACUCAGAAUUGAGCCUCUAUCACAUUGAGUCUGCUGUCAGUUCAGAACUCAAAGCAGGAUCCUUGCGAUUAUCAGAAGAAACUACAGCUACGUUAUUGUCAAUAAAUUCAGACACGCCAUACAUGAAAUGUGUGGCUUGGUAUCCAAAAUAUGAUCCUGAAUGUCUGCUAGCCGUCGGACAAGCAAACGGUCGAGUUGUCCUUACCAGUCUGGGCCAGGAUCACAACUCAAAGUCCAAAGAGCUGAUAGGAAAAGAAUUUGUUCCAAAACAUGCACGGCAAUGUAAUACCUUAGCGUGGAAUCCAUUGGACAGCAAUUGGCUUGCUGCUGGCCUGGAUAAACAUCGGGCUGACUUUUCAGUAUUGAUCUGGGAUAUAAGUAGCAAAUACACUCCAGAGAGUGCAGUUGCCACAGAGAAAGUGAGACUUUCAGCUGGAGAUACUGAAGCUGGGCUGGUAGUGACGAAGCCGCUUUAUGAAUUAGGACAGAAUGAUGCUUGUCUUUCUCUUUGCUGGCUUCCACGGGACCAGAAACUUCUUUUAGCUGGAAUGCACCGAAACUUGGCUAUCUUUGACCUUAGAAAUACAAGCCAAAAAAUGUUUGUAAAUACCAAGGCAGUUCAGGGAGUGACAGUAGACCCAUACUUCCAUGAUCGUGUGGCUUCCUUCUAUGAAGGUCAGGUUGCCAUAUGGGAUCUCAGAAAAUUUGAAAAGCCUGUUUUAACCCUAACAGAGCAACCAAAGCCCCUAACAAAAGUAGCUUGGUGUCCAACAAGAACUGGACUGCUAGCUACUUUAACUAGGGAUAGUAAUAUUAUUAGAUUGUAUGAUAUGCAGCAUACUCCCACACCUAUUGGAGAUGAAACUGAACCUACAAUAAUUGAACGAAGUGUGCAACCAUGUGACAAUUAUAUUGCUUCCUUUGCAUGGCAUCCCACAAGUCAAAAUCGAAUGGUAGUUGUGACUCCCAACAGAACAAUGUCUGACUUCACAGUUUUUGAAAGGAUUUCUCUGGCAUGGAGUCCAGUUACAUCUCUUAUGUGGGCUUGUGGCCGACACUUGUACGAAUGCACAGAGGAAGGAAAGACUAGUUCCUUAGAAAAAGACAUAGCCACCAAAAUGCGUCUCAGGGCUUUAUCCAGGUAUGGCCUUGAUACUGAACAGGUCUGGAGAAACCAUCUUCUAGCUGGAAAUGAAGAUUCUCAGCUGAAGUCGCUUUGGUACACUCUGCACUUUAUGAAACAAUAUACUGAAGAUAUGGAUCAGAAGCUUACAGGAAACAAAGGGUCCUUAGUUUAUGCAGGCAUUAAAUCAAUUGUGAAGUCAUCUUUGGGAACAACAGAGAGUCUGAGACAUAGAAGGAGUGGGUCCGAUAGGCAGGCAGAUAUUAUUCAGUAUCUAAGUGAGGAGAGGUCAUUGGCGUUGCAGCUCUGUGGGUGGAUAAAGAAGGGAAUGGAUCUAGAUGUGGAACCCUUUCUAAAUUCUUUGGAACAAGAAGGAGACUGGGAGAGAGCUGCUGCUGUGGCACUUUUCAACUUGGACAUACGGCGAGCAAUACAGAUCCUAAAUAAAGGAGCUUCUUCUGGAAAAGGUGAUCUGAACCUCAAUGUAGUAGCAAUGGCUUUAUCAGGAUAUACAGAUGAGAAGAACUCCCUUUGGAGAGAAAUGUGCAGCACUCUGAGAUUACAACUAAACAACCCCUACUUGUGUGCCAUGUUUGCUUUUCUGACAAGUGAAUCUGGUUCGUAUGAUGGAGUUUUGUAUGAGAAUAAGGUAGCAGUACGAGACAGAGUGGCAUUUGCUUGUAAAUUCCUCAAUGAUGCACAGCUGAAUAGAUUCAUUGAAAAGCUGACAAAUGAACUGAAAGAUGCUGGGAACUUGGAAGGAAUUCUUCUGACAGGACUGACAAAAGAUGGAGUGGACUUAAUGGAAAGUUACGUUGAUAGAACCGGGGAUGUCCAGACAGCAAGCUAUUGUAUGCUCCAGGGUUCUCCAUCCGACGUACUUAAGGAUGAAAGGGUUCAAUAUUGGAUUGAGAAUUACAGGAAUUUGUUGGAUGCUUGGAGGUUCUGGCAUAAACGAGCAGAAUUUGACAUCCAUAGGAGUAAGCUGGAUCCCAGUUCAAAACCUUUAGCGCAGGUAUUUGUGAGUUGCAAUUUCUGUGGGAAAUCAAUCUCUUAUAGCUGUUCAGCCAUACCUCAUCAAGGCCGAGGUUUUAGUCAAUAUGGAGUAAGUGGCUCACCAACCAAGUCAAAGGUUACAAGUUGUCCUGGUUGUCGGAAACCCCUUCCUCGCUGUGCACUUUGCCUAAUAAAUAUGGGGACUCCAGUUUCCAGCUGCCCUGGAGUAUCAAAGUCAGAUGAAAAGGUGGAUCUUAGCAAGGACAAGAAAUUAGCCCAGUUCAACAACUGGUUUACAUGGUGCCACAACUGCAGGCAUGGUGGUCAUGCUGGACACAUGCUCAGCUGGUUCAGGGACCAUACUGAGUGUCCAGUUUCUGCGUGUUCAUGUAAAUGUAUGCAGUUGGAUACUACAGGGAAUCUCAUCCCAGCAGAGACUGUUCAGCCAUAAAACAACCAAGUUUAAGUAUGUGGGGCUAAUAAAUGUCCUUCACAGCCUAUACAUACCUCAAAACAAGUAACUCAUGAAUCGCCUACAGUGGAAAAAUAAAUCAUUCUGUUGGAUCAGCAGUUUUGGCGUGUGAAUAGUUUAGAUGUGCUUCACAGAGCCAGGUGUUGCUGGAAUGAACCUUUUUAAGUGUGCCAUAUGGACUAUAGUCAGUUGUUGAAACAGAUCCUUUUAGAAAUACUUCCACAGGUUUUAUUGAAAUUCAGUAAGAUUUUUUUCAGAGCAGGGUAUUCUCUUGUAGCUACUAUAUUAAUUCAUUAUGUAUGCUGUAUAUACUCUAUCAUAAGCCGCCCCUUCCCCCCACCCCCUCCCGCACCUCCUGAGGUCACUUCCAACCCUGAUAUUCUAUGAUUCAGAGUAACAGUGAACAAUCCAUGAAUUCGCCAUCUGAAAUGAGCCAGUAUUAUAUACUGUUUUUAAUAUGAUUUCUGGGCUUUCAAAAUAGAUAAUUGAAGACUGUUAUUGAGCAAAUCCCUGAGUUAUGCUGUAGCUUUCUAUUUUCAUUCAUCGCUGCUCAUUAUAUACAAAAGAUACUCUUUCUUUGAAAUUCUUUCAGGAGUCCAGCUAUUAAAACAUUAAAUUCCUGCUAUAGAUUUUUCUUGAAAGAAAAGUUGCAUUCAUGUAAUUUUUUUCUGUAUUCACAUUUUGUUAAUACUAAGACUAUUUCAAUACAAGUUUACCUACAUAUCUUGCUGUUUGAAUGUAAAACUUUUGAUUCAGUUUUUUCCUAACAAAGUUCUUCAAACUGUUUCAUUUAAUAAAAAGAGGAAUAUCAACUUCAAAAUGGAAUACAAAUAAAUCCUGAUUUUUAUGAAGGGUUCUUGAUGAUAUUUUGGAUGCACACAAACUGAGGUUUUGUAAAAGUUAAUCAGAUUCAAUUCAAAUUAUGAUUACUGGACCAAUAUAAAUUUCAGAUAACAUGGAGAUUUGAAUAUUCAGUGUUUAGAAAAUCAGGGUUUACCUGCUCUUGUAAAAUGUGUUGAAAUGUGAAAGGCACCAAUUCAAAUUAUGCUACAAAUUACCAGUGGACAUUGGCCCUCCUCUUAAAAUUGCACAAUUUUUAAAGUUUCUGGUCAAGAACAGUUUCAUAACCUGUUGCUAGUCAGGAAUAAAAUUCAUUAGUGGAGCACUGAGUGUCAUCUGGCCACAUCAUACUUGGCUCUAGUGAGUGUGUGUUUGUCCUUGAUUUUUAUAAGCAACAAAAUUCACACAGAAUUAGAAGAAACUGCUUUAAGGUAUGUGACAAUAACAUCAGUUUAUUUGGGUGUGUGUGUGUAUGUGUUUUUUUUUGUUUUUGUUUUUUAAACUGGUGAAGAAAAAUUGAUACUUAACACUCUUACUGUCACUCAACUCCCCCCCCCCCCAAAUGUUAGAAGAUGGAACACUAGCAAUAAAGUGUUAUCUUAUUGCCAGUAUUGUGAAAAAUUGGUCUUCAAAAAACAGAAUAUACUGUAAGAUGCAACUGGUUACCAGUAUUCCACUGUAUUGGCAAUAAAGUAGAAGCCAAAUGUAAAUUAUGUUGUGUGGCAAAUUGCUGGCACUACUAUGAUGGGUCUCACACUUUCUCUUCUAGAGGGGGGUCAGGGUGCUGUUUCUUGCCCCUGAACUGGGAUAUUAACUGCCCCACUAGUCCUAGAGGAGGGGAGUGGAGAGGGAGAGACCUGGGCCUGCCCUCUACUCCGGGUCCCAGCCCAGGGAACUGAGGGAUAGUGGUAAACCACUUGAACUAGUGGUUCCCUCUCCUGCCCUUCCUCUUGUGGGGGCUUCCUGCCCUCCCUCUGCACAAACCAGGUGUCCCUUUACCUAGGGUCUUGGUUGUCUUAGCCCACUGCAAUGCUUCUCCAAACUUUUCUCUGCUUCCCUCCAAACUGUUCUCUGCUCUAACACCAAUCCACUCUGCUUCAGCUCCUUCUCCUGUGUGAUUGAAGCAGGGUUUUUUUAUCAGGUGACUGGCUUCAGGUGCUUUAAUUAAUCUAUAGCAAACUUUCUUCCCUCUAGAGCACUGUUUCCUAAACUUGGGACGCCGCUUGUGUAGGUAAAGCCCCUGGCGGGCCAGGCCAGUUUGUUUACCUACCGCGUCUGCAGGUUCGGCCGAUCGCAGCUCCCACUGGCCGCGGUUUGCUGCUCCAGGCCAAUGGGAGCUGCUGGAAGCGGCACGGGCCGAGGGAUGUACAAAUGGCGUCCCAAGUUUGGGAAACACUGCUCUACAGGGAAUAAGGCUCCCUUCUAACCCUCUCCUGCUGCCCUCUGGCCAUGCUGUAUCACAGUAUAUGAUGCCUCACCAGGGACUAUGUUUUUGUUUGUUUGUUUUUUUUUAUUUAAACCUAUUGUUUUAAUACAUUAAUUACUUUACCCUACCCUAAAAUUGUUACCUAAUUGGUAGUCUUAUUUUUAAACUAAUUUGUAAAAGGUGCUUGAUAUUUGAUUAUUUGUACAAAGGCUUACUUGGAAGGGGGAAAGAUUUUUGUCUUAUUAGCAGGAAAUAUUUAUUUCUACCUACCCAAUUAUAUUUUGUACGCUUUGUUUUGAUUGGUUUCUGCCAAUCUGAAAUAUACUCCAUUAAUAAAUGUAAAUUUGAACUUAAUGCAUAAGUUAUUGUUCUGAUGAUAUAGUGCAGGCAAUGUAAUAUUUAGGUUUCAGUUUCACAGGAAUCUGGAUUUUAGACUGUCAAGAAUUUUAUUUUUGUUUUGUCACUACUAUUGUCACUAUAGUAGUGACAAUUCAUUGAUUUUUUUUUUCUGGAAUAUCCAGUAUAAAUAACAGCAUGACUACUUACUGUCAUUUUUCCCUCAUGUAAAAGUAUUCUCAUUUUUGAAUUGUCAAAUCCUAUCAUCAUGAAAUUAGAAGCUUACUUUAUGAUUCUCUUCAUAUCUUUAAAUCAUAUAAGUUAAGAAUGUUUGUAUAUUCUAAUACAGUAUAAGCACAUGUAGUCAGUGCUCAAGCUUUCAGGAAAAUGCAUUAUAUUUUAACACCCUCAUUUCAGUACAGCACAAGAAGUGCAAUGUCUUCAACAUUUUAAUCUUGUUAAUCCUUAUUAUUAUUUCUCCUGUGCUGGUUUUAAAAUAAAGUUGUGGUUUGUCUGUCUCUCUGA